AUGGCCAUCCCCUCCCCGGACCAAGUGCCUCGCGGCGACGUCACGGCGGCGCUCAACUUCUACGCGCCGCCCGCCGACAAGGCCGCGCGCCCAUUCAACUACGUCGACUCCCCGCCGGCCGGGCAGCCCCAGCGCAACUACAGCGACCACGUGCAGGACACGCUCAUCCGCGACGUGCGCGGCCGCGAGUCCGCCUUCACCCUCGACCGCGACGCCUUCCAAAUCAUCUCCGACGUGGCGCCCUCGUCGGAAGCCUCCUUCGCCGACGACGCCUCCAUCCGCGCCCGCUACUACCCCGAGGUGGAGGCGCUGCUGCUCGCCGCCAUCCCCGGCUCCCGCGCCGUGCACAUCUUCGACCACACCCUCCGCCGCGCCGACCCGGCCGCGCCCCGAACCCCCGUCACCCGCGUGCACAUCGACCAGACGGCGGCGUCGGUGGAAAAGCGCGUGCGGCGCUACUUCCCCGACGACGCCGAGGCCGCGGCCCUGCUCGCCGGGCGCCACCGCAUCGUCAACGUCUGGCGCCCGCUCAACGCCCGCCCCGUCGAGUCGUUCCCGCUCGCCUUUGCCAGCGCCGCGACCCUCGACCCCGCCGACGUCGUGCCCGUCGAGCACCGCUACCCGGACGGCUACACGGGCGAGACGGCCGCCGUGCGCUACAGCCCCCGCCAGGAAUGGUACUACCUCAGCGGCAUGACGGGCAGCGAGAGGCUGCUGCUCGAGUGCUUCGACAGCGAGUCGCUCCGGCCGGGGAGCCGCGUCGGCGGCCGCGUCCCGCACACGGCCUUUGUCCACCCGAGGACGAGGCCGGGUGCCGAGGGCAGGGAGAGCAUCGAGGUGAGGGCCUUGGUGUUUGGGCCGUGA